CCCAACUGUGGACCGCCAACAAGAUUUCGAUCUCGCAACAGUACUCUGACCUCUUCGACAAUCACUGGGAAAUCUGCAACAGCCCGUCUCGCAGGAAUAGUGCUCGACCUGCUGCCAUGAAGAGGAGGAUCUGCGCGCUCGGUGUUGCGCUCGCGUGCCCGCUUUUUGCCGUGUGUGUGAUCCUGUCGUCAAUGGAGAGUCCAAACAAGGAACUGUCCUUCCGCAUCCAAGGCCCGUUACCCUGGAAUGACAGUGACCUGCUUUCCCUAAUCACGGACAAGUACCUGGUGCCCCCCUCCCCCCUGCCCUACAACCUCUCCACAGACCCUUUGUACAACCGAGUCAAGCAUUACGGCAGCUGGGGAUUCAUCCACAAAUAUACGAAGAAACUCAUUCGUGGAUUCCGGGGUGGUUUCUUUGUGGAAGCUGGGGCUCUGGACGGCGAGCGCGUGUCCAACUCUCUUUGGCUGGAGCAGGACCUCGGCUGGAGCGGCCUCCUGGUGGAGCCCGACACGGAAAACUAUGCGAGACUUGUGAACAAACGCCGUAAGGCUUGGAUUACGAACACCUGUCUCUCGCCGGUGCCCUACCCGCAGGAGGUGAUCUUCGUCUCCCUUACAAGAAAAAAAAUUGCUGAAGACCAGUUCCAACGGACUCUCUGGGAACACCGCGCGACUUCGCACAUCCUCGGCGCCACCUUAAACAGUAGCCUGUACGACUCCUUCAACAUGCUGUCCGAGGAGGAGUACCACAAGGCCCAGUGCUUUCCACUAGGAUCAAUGCUCUCCGCUCUCGGCGUGACCACCGUCGACCUCCUUUCGCUCGACAUCCAAGGCGUCGAAAAGGCCGUGCUGCAGACACUACCCUGGGCUCAGCUGAAAGUUCGAAUAAUUGUUAUCGAGAUCGUCAAUAAUGAAAAAGUUGAUCAUGCCUUCAUCAAAGAGAUGGAGGGCAUUGGGUACAUACUUUAUGCAGUCCAAGCAGAAGAUUACAUAUUUGUUAGGAGAGGAGACCCGUUCCUGUCCCACGCCUACGACGAUGAGAACUCGACGAGCAGACCUGAGAAAAACAGGUCUUCAAUAUAUAAAUAAGAAGUAGGUUAUCAAAGCCAGUCAGAUGCAGAAAUCAAAGGAUGUGAAUAGUCUUUCUUCAAGUUACUUCGUGUUUAAUGGGUGCUGACCAUAGCGAUAUGUCUCAAGCAUAUAGAAAUUCCAUUAUAAUCAUAGUGACGACAUUUGCAACUAGCAAGGCAUACCAGCCACGAAACAAACACGUAUAUAUUUACUUUUCUCCAACUGCUCUAGCCGGAGGAUAUCCU